AUGGACGGGUCGGGUCAGCCAAUCGAGGCAAGCAAGAUGCAUCACCGCAUGCCGCGACCCAGGAUUGGUGGCAAAGUGCCACUAGAGCCCGGCCCUCCUCUUGCAAGACCACUUAGACCACACUCUAUUACGCGCCGGACGUGUUCUAAAAUCCAGAGUAUCGCCGAGCCGCCAGCAGAUGGCGCCGUCGUGGCUUUUGCGGUGUAUUUGCGGCACAAGCGGUUUGCCGUCAUUGCUACAAGGGUGCAUAAAGAGAUGGCGGUGAAGUGGGCGAGUCGACUCAUCCGGGCGCAUGAGCCACAGACUUCAUUUCUCCAAGCACUUGCAUUGCCACAGAUCUAG